AUGUUCUAUGUCAUCGGCCUGGGGCUUUGCGAUGAAAAGGAUAUCACCGUUCGGGGCCUCGAGGCAGUCAAGGGCGCGUCUCGAGUGUACCUAGAAGCCUACACCAGCAUCCUGAUGAUUCAACAAGAUCGCCUCGAAGAGUUCUAUGGAAAGCCAGUCAUCCUCGCCGACCGCGACAUGGUCGAAACCCAAUCCGACGAAAUCCUUCGAGACGCAGACAAGGAGGACGUCGCUUUCCUGGUUGUCGGCGAUCCAUUUGGAGCGACUACACAUACAGAUAUCAUCCUUCGAGCCCGUGCACUUGGAAUUCAGACAAGAGUUAUCCAUAAUGCCUCGAUCAUGAACGCGGUUGGAGCGUGUGGGCUGCAGCUGUACAACUUUGGACAGACCGUCUCGCUGGUUUUCUUCACGGAGACCUGGAAGCCGGACAGCUAUUACGACAGGGUGAAGGAGAACGUCCAGCUCGGGAUGCACACGUUGGUACUGCUGGAUAUCAAGGUCAAGGAGCAGAGCGAAGAGAACCUGGCACGAGGACGCAAAAUCUACGAGCCGCCAAGGUACAUGUCAAUACCUACUGCUGUUUCCCAGAUGCUAGAUACGGAAUCAACCCGACAAGAAAACGUCCUCAAUCCCGAAUCGACGCUCGCGAUCGCUCUCUCAAGAGUCGGUGGAGACGGAAACCAACAGCGAAUCGUAGCCGGUACUCUCAAGGAGCUUCAAGGCCAGCCUCCAGAGGUCUUCGGGGAGCCCCUUCACAGCAUCGUGAUUGUCGGUAAACGCGUGCACUACCUUGAAAUCGAGUAUGCGGAAGCUUUCGCUGUGGACAAGGAGAACUGGAGACGAGUAGCACGAGACGUAUAUGGAUGUGCCGGUCUGUAA